AUGAGUGCCGACCUCAACUCGAACACCCGCGUCGGCGCCACGAAGCGCAAUCUACUUCGAAAAAUGGUUGAAGCUGGUGUGUUCAAAUUUGGCGAUUUUCAACUGAAAUCGGGGCAACGUUCGCCGAUUUAUAUUGAUCUUCGCGAGUGUUUCGCGCAUCCCGAGCUUCUCACAAUGAUUUCCGAAGGGCUCGGAAUGAUGAUUGCCGAAAGCGAAAUCGACUUUAAAGGGAUCGUCGGUGUCCCCUAUGCGGCGCUUCCCUACGCUUCUAUGGCCGCUGGUCAUUUCCUCAAAAAACCACUGUUAAUUGUGAGAAAAGAGGCGAAAUCGUACGGCACGAAAAAGUUGAUCGAAGGAAAAUAUGAGAAUGGCGAUGAGGUGGCGAUCAUCGAAGACGUUGUCACCACCGGUGGAAGUAUUUUGGAAGUGAUCGAACAAUUGGCGAAAGAGGGUCUCGUCGCGAAACACGUCUACUGCAUUCUCGAUCGCGAACAAGGCGGAAAGGAGAAGCUCAACGAGCUCGGAAUCAAUUUGCACAAUCUUCUUAACAUGGAAAUGGUUUUGGGAUGGCUGAACGCCGCCAAUUUGAUCACCGCCCAAGUGUUCACCGAAAUCGUUCAAGCGCUCAAUCUGAAAUACACGCAACCAAUGAGAAUUGAGUAUUCCAAGGAUUUCGAGGAUGUCAAAAAGUUUCCAUUGUCAAUUGCGAAAUCCAGCCUUCAAGAGCGCGCCGAUCUUUGCUCAUCGGCUCUCAACAAACGAUUGAUUGGAAUGAUGAGGAAAAAAUUGUCGAAUUUGUGUUUGGCGGUUGACUAUACGACUUCCGAUGAGAUUUUGCAGAUGGCCGAACGAGCCGGACCGUUCGUCGUCGCCAUCAAGAUUCAUGCCGACGCCAUCAUCGAUUUUUCCGAGAGUUUCGUUGAAAAAUUGACGAAAUUGUCGAAAGAUUUGGAAUUUCUCGUGUUGGAGGAUAGAAAAUUCGCCGACACUGCCAACACGACGAAACUUCAGCUACUCGGCCUUCAGAAGAUUGCCACAUGGGCCGACUUGGUUACGGUGCAUGCCGUACAGGGCGACGAGAGCAUCGCGCCACUAUUUCGACAGUUUGUCGAAAACGCCGAAUACCGCCUCAAAGGUGUCCUGUUGAUCGCGCAGCUCAGCUGCAAAGGAGCACUGACGGGAAUUUCGGGAUACACCGAAGAAGCCGUCCGAAUCGCCGAGGAGAAUCGCGAUACGGUGGCGGGCUUCAUUGCGCAAACGCGUAUCUCAGCGUUCUCCGAUUUGCUCAAUUGGACGCCCGGCGUGAAUCUCGACGCCGCCACCGACAAAGCCGGACAGCAAUGGCGUGGAAUUGACGAAGCCGUCGAGAUUCAACAGAAUGAUAUCAUCAUUGUUGGGCGGGGCGUCACCGCCGCUCAGGAGCCCGUACAGCAGCUCAAACGAUACCGUAAGCUUGCCUGGGAAUCGCUUUCCAAAUAUGAAAUCGAUAAUGGUCCGAAUUAA